AUGAGUUUCACGUCUUUCAGUGGUAAUCAGAGGACUGUCUCGUCCGACGUUGCUCGGCGGGCAGACUUCAAUGAAAUUCCUCUCAUCUCUCUCAGAAGUCCAAAGAAUGAGCUUCUCGAGCAAUUGACUGACGCAUGCACCCGCGUCGGGUUCUUUUACAUCAAAGACCAUGAUGUACCCCAAGAGAAGAUUGACAAUCUCUUCAAGACUGCCGAAUCCUUCUUUGCCCAAGGCGCAGAGAAGAAGAAUGAGAUCAAUUACAAAAAGUCCAAGAUUCUGAGAGGCUACGAGCCACCAGCUGAGGUGCGGACUGAUGAGACUCGUAAGCCUGACAUGAACGAGGCUUUCAACUGGGGGUAUGAGAAAGAGCUUGAUCCCACUUGGCCGAAGGGUCAGAAAGUUCAGGAAUGGAAGGACAAUCCGAUGAGUGGCCCUAAUGUAUGGCCCGAUAUGCCUGGUUUCCGAGCAAGCGUCGCGGAAUACUAUGCAGAAGUUCUCGGCUUAGCCAGGCGGAUGAUUCGUCUCUUCGCUGAAGUCUUGCUGCUGCCGCCUGACUUCUUCGACUCUCUUGUGUCAACACCUGGAGCCAUGGGUAGAUUGAUUCACUACCCGCCACAGCAAGCUUCGGAGCCUGAUGCACUGGGAAUAGGGGCACACACAGAUAUCGAGUGCUUCACUAUUCUAUGUCAAGGCACGGUUCCGGCCCUGCAGAUCCUCAAUGUGGACGGAGAGUGGAUUCAAGCACCGCCAAUUGCAGGUACAUUCGUGGUCAAUAUCGGUGACAUGCUCGCACGUUGGACGAACGACCGCUUCGUUUCCACCGUGCAUCGUGUGUGGAACGUAACGGGGCAGGAAAGAUAUUCAAUUCCUUUCUUCUUCGGCGUCAACUACGACGCCACAAUCAAGACAUUGGAUAGCUGUCUCGCGGAUGGAGAAAAGAGCAAAUACGAACCUGUGCUCGCUGGAGAUUAUGUUUGGAAACGGCUGAGUGUUAGCAGGGUGGACCAGAAGGAGCUUCGCGAAACCAAUGCUCAAGUCGUGGGCGCCGGUCAAGCAUAA